CGCCUCUCCACCAACGUUCCGUGCAACAUCAUUGGAUACGCUUUUCAGUAGCCCCGCCCUAUUUUGCACACAUUACUCGAUUGGUCAAAACAAAACGUCAGUCAAAAGGCGUCCGUACAAACAGCAAUUGACAUAGAGCGUGCUGGUGUGUCAUCGCGGUGCAGAGAUGCAGCGGUACGCGGUAAGUAAUGUUGACGCUUGGUGUCAGAAAGACUGUAGAGAGGAUGAAGGCGGACUCUGACUCACUAUGACCGUGGCGUUCUACAUUCAUUCACUACUGUCUGCCCACUGUUAACAUGGUAGAGCAAUGGACCGCAGUGCCCACUUCUAAUAUGGCGGCGCUGAACCGGGCUAGAACAUUGACCGUUAUGUUCUUAAUUGUCAGCAGUUGUGUGAUCAGUUGCACUAGUGGCACAGAUGCACCAGAGGAGACUGUCAUUAUUGGUCUCAGACUAGAGGACACAGACGAGGUGUCUUUUAUGGACGGAGGUUAUUUGCGCGUCAGUGAGCGAUCUCGUGUCAGGUUAAGAGUCUAUGGGCAAAACAUUAAUAACGAGACGUGGUCCAAACUCGCCUUUACGGAACAUGAGCGCUUGAGUGACCGCAGCAGCGCACCUGCGGAGAGCCAGAGCCCCGGAGACGUAUCUGCCCUUCAUCCCUGUGGCAUCCGAUCGUCCGAUAUCAUCAUUCUUCCCAACGUAGAGGUAAACAGAAAGACAUCUGGGGUUAUUGAAAUAGAAGUGAAACCUCUUCGAAAAACAGAGAAGAGUAAAGCCUAUUACCUGUGCAUCACAACCGCUGCGCUGGCGGCCUCACCAGGCGCGCAGGACGCAUGGUCCGAGAGCACCUGGAUUUAUCAUGACGGUUAUGACACCAAAGUGCUGGUGGUGGAGGAGAAAAAGUUUCUACUGCCUUUCUGGCUGCAGGUGAUUUUUAUUGCCAUGCUGUUGUGCUUGUCUGGCAUGUUCAGCGGUCUCAAUCUGGGACUGAUGGCGCUUGAUCCCAUGGAGCUCCGGAUAGUCCAAAACUGUGGGACAGAGAAAGAGAAAAACUACGCAAAGAAGAUCGAACCAGUCCGAAGCCAAGGAAACUACCUUCUUUGCUCUUUACUCUUAGGAAAUGUUCUGGUCAAUACCACCUUGACUAUUCUGCUUGACGACAUUGCAGGAUCAGGGUUGAUAGCUGUAGUGGUGUCCACUAUUGGGAUUGUGAUCUUUGGAGAAAUUGUGCCACAAGCCAUAUGCUCCAGGCAUGGCCUGGCUGUUGGUGCAAACACUAUAUUCCUCACGAAAUUUUUCAUGAUCCUCACUUUUCCCGCAUCUUUUCCCGUAAGUAAACUUCUGGACCAUGUUCUGGGACAGGAAAUAGGCACCGUAUACAACAGGGAGAAACUGCUGGAGAUGCUCAGAGUGACAGAUCCAUAUAAUGAUUUGGUGAAAGAGGAGUUGAACAUCAUACAGGGUGCUCUGGAGCUCAGGACUAAAACCGUGGAGGAUGUCAUGACUCCCCUGCGAGACUGCUUCAUGAUUGCCGGUGAUGCCAUCCUGGACUUCAACACCAUGUCUGAGAUCAUGGAGAGUGGCUACACGCGCAUUCCGGUGUACGAGGGUGAGAGGUGUCAUAUUGUGGACCUGCUGUUCGUGAAAGACUUGGCCUUUGUGGAUCCAGAUGACUGCACUCUGCUGAAAACUAUCACAAAGUUUUACAGCCACCCUCUGCAUUUUGUCUUCAAUGAUACAAAGCUGGAUGCGAUGCUCGAGGAGUUUAAAAAAGGUAAAUCCCAUUUGGCCAUUGUCCAGAGAGUAAAUAACGAAGGAGAGGGAGACCCGUUCUAUGAAGUUCAGGGCAUCGUCACGCUAGAAGAUGUCAUCGAGGAAAUCAUCAAAUCUGAGAUUUUAGAUGAGACUGACUUGUACACUGACAAUAAGACAAAAAAGAGGAUUGUUCACAGGGAGAGGAAACAGGACUUCUCAGCUUUCAAACCCACAGAUAAUGAGUUGGGGGUGAAAAUAUCACCGCAGCUUCUCCUGGCCACACUGCGUUUCCUGGCAACGGAGGUGGAGUCCUUCAGUUCAGCUCAGAUGUCAGAGAAAAUCCUUCUGCGUUUGCUCAAACAUCCUAACGUCAUCCAGGAGCUCAAGUAUGAUGACAAAAACAAGAAGAUGUCAGAGCACUACCUCUUUCAUCGCAACAAGCCUGUGGACUACUUCAUCCUCAUCUUGCAGGGAAAGGUGGAAGUAGAGGCUGGAAAAGAGGGAAUGAAGUUUGAAGCUGGUGCCUUCUCCUAUUAUGGAGUACUGGCCCUGACCUCAUCACCAGUUCCACUCUCCUUGUCUCGAACCUUCGUGGUGAGCAGGGCAGAAUCACUGGCAGGAUCUCCAGAAAAUAAGUCACCUCCACGACCAUUCGGUCUCAACCACUCCGACUCCCUGAACAGGACUGACCGGAUAGAGGUGGUCACCCCCACACUGGGCAGCAGCAACAACCAGCUCAACUCCUUCUUGCAGGUCUAUGUGCCAGACUACUCCGUGAAAGCAGCCUCUGAUCUGCUUUACAUUAAGGUGACCCGCCAGCAAUAUCAGAAUGCCCUGAUGGCAUCCCUUAUGGACAAAACGCCUCAGUCCACAGACAGUGAGUUCACCAAAAUUGAGUUGACCUUCACUGAACAUCAGGAUGGACUGUUGGAUGAGUCAGCCUCUUUUUUAAUCCAACAGCAUAGCUCCACCAAUGCACACAAAACCAACCACACUGCUCACAAUGACGGGGCUAUUUAAUUACCCUCAGCAGAGAGAAGGAUGACAAAAAGAGGGAGAGAGUUUCUGAGGGCGUGCGCACUGCUCUAUUAGCCUCUCCCUUUCCACGUAGUGAGCGAAGGCCUUCAUGUACACUGGGCAGAUUCAUUUUGAGUCCUCUCAUCGUGGUUCCAUUUAAAGGGGAUUGGAACGUACGCGUGGACCGUUAAAGUGAAGGACUGCAUAUCCCACAAUGCAUGCAUGCACUAUUGACCUUAACACCUUUUGUAGGCAGUGGUUCGGUCAGGGACCACCGAUGUCAUUUUGCUCACUAAUCUACUGACCGAAGACAUCACUCGAGAUGGAGACAGCUACAGCACACUUGAAAUACACACUCGGUCUCACACACUUUCACUUGGAGGUUUCCGUUUGAAGAGAGACUAAUAGCAGCUACAAAGGAGCAAGAAUUCAGUCACAAAAACCACCUCUGGGACUCUUGAAGAGGUCGAGAGCCACACCUCACCAGACAACAGAAGAUCAAAGAUGUAAUGGUGCCUUUAGACAAUACUGAGUUACUCUUUGUUUUGUCAACUAAGCCGAUAUAGAGACCCCGAGGGCCAAGAUAACAUGGAGCUCUCCCAAAUCUUCCGUGCUGGACUCCAGAAGCUCAAGCAAAUGAUAGGAGAUAUCGGCAACCAGGAAAUUUCCAACACCAGUGAACCCUCACAACAUGUUCCGUACUUAUAAAUAACACCAAGCCCAAUACACCUUUUCAAGGAUAGUCAGAGCCAGAACUUAAGGAUACUUCUCAGCCUAUCAGAAGACCAGGACUGAGAGGCCUCAUGACCAAAGACAUUUGACAAGGACAAGUAACCGGCAUCAUAUUGUGAUUCACUGAGGACAUAAUGAUAUCUAAGGUCUUACAAAUUUGGUAAACUCACAGCAACCCUGGACACGACAUGCAUAACAGUGUUUGUCUGGAAUGUGCCAAAUAAUAACAUUUUUGACAAUUUCCAUGUUAAGAGUUUGUGUCUCAAACGUGAGCAGAUAUGCUAUGUACAAAGAAAUCAAAUGUGUUUACAUAUGAGGGCAUUUUUCAUAUAUAUAUAUAUAUAUAUAUAUAUAAAGAGAGAGAGAGAGAGAGAGAGAGAGAGAGAGAGAAUUUUUUUAUCCUGAUUGUGCUACGGUACAGUGCCACCUAUUUUAAGGUGACUAGAGUAUAAAUGUCUAAAGACUGUUUCCAUUUUUAUGUACGGCUGACCACUCUUUAUUAACAAGAUAUUUUGAUUUUCAAUGGUUUAGCUGUAAUCACAUAACUUUUCAAUUUUUAUAGAAAUUGUUUUUAAAGUCACACUUGAAUUUAGAACCUCAAAGAAACUUCUAAUGGACAAGCUUUCAGAAGACUUAGUAACUUAAAUCAUCUUCAAACUCCAUAACCUCAAGAUUUUGAUUGCUCUUAUUAUCUUUCUUUAUAGGAAACAAUCUAUCCCUGUAGGACUCAAGUGUCUUGUUUUGAUUUACCAGUUAAAAAAAUAUGAAAAGAAGAAGAAAAUAAUUCACCAUUAAUGUAUUUAUUUUGGUUUUAUCAUGGCAAGAUUACAUUUAUGCUCUUGAUACAAAAGGGGAAAGACUCUUGGGCUGAUGUUUUGUCUGCCGUAUAUGUUUGGGUUCAUGACUUUAAUCAGAUCCUCUGGAGAUACUUCUGUAAAUCCGCUGGAUGUCAGGACAUUCACGUCUCAAGUUUUAACGUAGCAACCUCUCAGUGCAAUAGUGCAACAGCUAUGCAGGGACAAUCAUGACCAUAAAUAAUGUGCUCACAGGUAGGACAUGCAGAAAAUAAAGUAGCAGAAUUUAAUAAAAGAGGCUUAGAGGUGAUGUAGAGGUGUUUCACCUUAAAAUUAAAAUUCUGGCAUCAUUCCUCACUCUCAUGUUGUUAAAAACCCAUAUGGAUUUCUGUUCCAAGAACCACUAAAGGAAAUGCAAGGAAAAAUUCCACUGAAGAAAAAGUCAUACAAGUUUGGAAUAACAUGGGAGUGAGUAAAUGACAGAACUUUUUGUUUUUUGGCUGAAGAAUCCUCAUAACAUAACAUCAUAGAAGAAAUGUUUAGUUAAGAAGAUUGAGAUGUUGGAAGUGAAAUAUACAUUGUGGAAUCAACAUUCCUAUUCUUACAUCAUGUGUUUUCAACUGCUUAUUUCAUUAUUUUUUACUCCGUAGUAAAGACAAUACCCUUCAGUUAAAGCAUUUGGUGAUGUUCUAAACAUUGGACAGCGUUUUGAUGUCAGAUCACAUGCUUAAAAAAAAAUGUGGUGCUCUAACAUGCGGUUUGAGUCUAUCACACUGCUGUUUUUGUUUUUUAUCUUGAAUGUGUAUAGAAAUACUGUACAGUCAUAAAUCAGAGAGUUCAAUUGUAUGCUUGCAUUCUAUAAACCAGACAAUACUUUAUCAGAUUUAAAUAUAUAUAUAUAUAAUAUG